AUUUGAUCGGCGAUUCAGACGGUUCGGUUGCGUGAGUCGAGCUAGCUCUCUUUCGUUUACAACGGCAAAUCGUUACCACAUCUCUUAGCCAGCCAGCGUCAAAACUCGAGUUCAAGGAUGGCGAAUAUGCUCUGGUCAAUUAUCUGGCUGCUCGUCCUGGUCUUUGUCGCCUUUUUCGUGUCCUUCUUCUGCGCCUGGUGGUAUGUCGUGUUCUACCCGCUGACGGUGUGUGUACCAAACUUAUCGAGCGUGUCAGAUUUACUACUGAAAGGAGCGCAAUUCACGCACUACUGCGCCAAGAACAUGAUGGAAGGAAAUAGUUUGUCCUAAGCAUGGGUUCCACAGGUUGUUGCUAGAGAAGGAAAAAGGAAGCGGCGAUCCGGCGAGUCCGGAUGCCCGGUUUUCGAUCAGCGACGAUGAGAGCAUUAAUUAACAUUAAUUGUGUGUAAGUGUACGUUCUAUGCGCCGAUGAGCAAUAAAUAUCAUUGUGUUCACUAGUA